AUGGAAUCAGGACUAGAGCAUUUGAAGAGAGCAGCAGAGAAAGGACACGUGGAGGCCUCAUACGUGUACGGUAUGAUCCUCCUCUCUAGGGGUGGGCAAUCAACAAAACAAGGCCUAAAGCUUCUAAAUGUCAUGAACAAUACUUGUUCAAAUUCAAAGAGCUUGAGAAUCCAAGAGUGCAGAGAAAGAAUCAAAGCCAUUAUUCACACAAUGUGGAUCAACAAUUAUAUGGUUAGCCAACAAACAAAUUUCUGUUGUCAUGGAAAAACUCGAAGCAUCAGAGUGAGAGAGACAUGGAGAGGCCGCGAAGAAGAGGAUGACAACAUGAGUUGUGAAGCUUGUAAAUGGGAUAGAGAAGUCAACUUGUUCUGUAACAUGUUAAUGGGUAGGAGUGUUUAG